AUGGACAUUCUUGGGGCAGGACAGAAGAUUAUUGACGAGGAGGGUUAUUGGACAUGCAAGCGCCGGUACAUGGUGCGUUUCCGCGCAAAUUCUGAAGAGGAGGGACCUCCGGUGUCCGAGUGGACGACUGUAGAAAAAAAGGGAAGGCGUAAAAGAAAGGGGAGGAAUGUACCGGAAGAGGAUAGCUCCGGGAUUGAGGGGAAGAAAUCUAAGGAGGCCCUCUCAGCAUCAGAGGAGGAGGGGCCGUUAUUGUCAGACACUGGGUAUGAAGACCCUAAAACACCGAAUGUAGAAGAGGUGGAGCCCGAUUCAGAAAAGGUGCCAGAUGAGGUGGCUCCGAUCCGGGAAGGUGUAUUGGAGAGGGAUGACACUGCAGAACCGGAUCCUCCACAAGAGGUAGAAGGAGAACCGCCGGACCCAUCCGUUGAGGACCACGAGGGAUUACCACCCCAGGAAGGAAGUCGGGCAGACCCUGAAGGACCCAGCGAUCCGGAUGAGAGUGGGACGUUGCAGCUUAGUGGUGUUCCGGCAAGGAGUGAGGCCUCCCCUUACGACGUGGAAUUACCCCCGACCCCUGGAGGGUUUUUUUCAUCAACUGAAGGGAGUGGGGUAGAGAGUCCGGGUUUGCCGGAGUUCCUGGAUGUUGGACUGGAUUUUUGA